AGAACAUCUCGCACCAGCCAAACGCCGAGAGUAGCAAAAACACCCCCAAUGCGCUCCGCCGUGCACCGAUCCCCACCGUCCGAGGAGAUCACCUCCCUAUUCCCACUCACUCUCUCACUUCGCUGACCAACCCGUCCACUCUCUCUCUCUCUCUCAUUUGCGUCGUAGCUUCGCUCGGUCGCGUCCUCUACUGUCGGUUCUGUACUGCGAACGUAUCUGAGGCCAGUCGCGUUGCGAUAUUACAAGAUUCACUGAUGGCGGUCGAGCUCGCUCGGGCUUGAGCUUUUGAACGAGGGUUGCGCUCCUCCUUCCGUCGCGCCAUGGAUCCACCCGCGGCGAUGAUCAACGGCGGGGCGUUCCCCGGCGGCGACACGGCGCCGUACAACCUGCCGGACUUCUGGCAGCUGCCGGCCGGCGGGGGACUGGGGCUCGGGCGGCCUCCGGUGGCGCGGGGCGUCGGCCAGUUCCUGUGCGGCGGCGGCGAGAAUCUCGAGGCCUCCGGUGGUGAUCCGGUGAGUGCGGAGGCCAGGUAUGGCGGCGGCGGCGGUUCUGGAAAGCGGCGGGACGCGGAGGACGAAUCGGCGGCCAGGAGCGUCUCGACCAGCAAUGGCGUGCCGAACUGUGCUGAUGGCAGUAAACGGCUUAAAACUUCCGGAUGCAAAGACGACAGUGGAGAUGCCGAAGCAGAAGGAGAGCCCAGCUCAGCCAGACCUUCGGAAGAAAGUAAGCCGCAGCCAGAGCAUCCCAAGCAAGACUACAUCCACGUGCGAGCCCGGAGAGGCCAAGCCACGGAUAGCCACAGCUUAGCCGAAAGAGCCAGAAGAGAAAAGAUAAGCGACAGAAUGAAAAUUCUUCAGGAUCUAGUGCCUGGAUGUAACAAGGUAAUUGGCAAAGCGCUGGUUCUUGAUGAGAUUAUCAAUUACAUCCAAUCGCUACAACGUCAGGUCGAGUUCCUGUCAAUGAAACUCGAGGCGGUUAAUUCAAGAAUAACUCCCCCGAUCGAAGUAUUUUCUUCUAAAGAAUUUGGUCAACAGCCAUAUGAUACUGGCGGUGUGCCUUUCGGUUCACAAGCUCCCAGAGUAUAUGGUCGUGGUUCCUCGCCAGAAUGGUUACAUAUGCAGGUUGGCGGUGGCUUCGACAGGACAAUUUGAUCUGCUGUAUCCAUGUCUACUAGGAAUAAGAGUAUAAGAAGCAAAGCUUCAUCUCAAUUCUUCGUUAGGUUGAAAAAUAUAUCUCCCAUGUGUCGAUGGGUAGAAAAAGACGGUAGAUCUCCAUUUUCAAAAUCGCCCCUUUAGCUGUGAAGCCUGUGAUUGCUGUCUAGCAAGACUGAUGAAGUUAGUAUUCUUAGCACCGGCAUUGAUCUUCUAAAUUAAUUCUUUUUAUCCAGCUUUUUUAGGCUUCCAAUUCUCCCACCACACUAAUGUGCAAAUGGGCUGCCUGUAAUGAAUAUCCUUCACUAUAUUGACAUUCCUACUGUUUUA